CGAAAGUCUUCUAUUGCUGCAGCUAAUAAAAGACAACGUGAAGAACAAGAAGCCAGUACAUCCACAGCAAGUCCUCCUCGUACUAGAUCACGUAUCAGUGAAUCAGCUUUUUGUUUCAAAGAACUAUGCUUAUUUUGUGGCGAGAAAUUAAAUGAAGAGAGUGAAAGAAGAAAAUCCUCAGAUUUUCGGCGUCGAAUCAGCCAAGUAAGUACACUUCAAUUUAAAGAUUCAAUUCUGGAAACAGCUCGGGCUCGUGACGAUGCUUUAGCAAAAGCUGUUCUUGCUCGAGUCGAAUUUGAAUAUGAUUUAGUUGCUGCUGAAGCUAAGUAUCAUCGAGAUUGCUAUGCUAAUUUUUUAAAACCUUCCACUGGAGCUAAAAUGGGUCGUCCUAAAGACGAAGCUAUGAAUUUGGCAAUGGAGGAAAUAUUUACUUACAUUGAAAAUAGCGAUGACUGUCAGUUCACUUUGAACGAAUUACAAAAGGUUUGCAAAACUACGACUCUAGAUAACAGAACGAUUAAGCUACGACUAAAAGUAAAAUAUGGUGAUAAACUUAUUAUCACUGAGAAAUCGGGAGCAUCAACAUUCAUAUGCUUAGUGGAUAAUCAUCAUGAUAUUUUGAAUCAAGCCUGGUACGAAAGAAAAAAAAUGAAUAAAACAGAAGAACGAUUGAGAGUCCUAGACGCAGCUGCAGCUAUUAUUCGCGAAGAUAUUCAAACCGCAGUAUUUGAUAAUUCUAACUACCCUCCACCAAGUCGCAUGUUUGAAGAUUUAAAUAAUGAAAUCCCAGAAUCAUUGACAUUUCUUGUGGAACGAGUGAUUUUAAAAAAUAAACGAUCAAAUUUAGAUCAUUUAAAAUUAAUAUGCACAAAUAUUUGCCAUUGUAUCAUGACUGCUGUUCGACCAAGGUCUUUUAAAUCUAAAUUACAAUUAGGCCUCGCAGUUUUUUUUCAUCGAAGGUUCGGGUCUAAACGUCUUAUACAAAUCUUUUCGGCUUUUGGUUUAUGUGCUUCUUAUAAUGAUACAAUAAUGUACGAGGCAGCAGCAGUUUUCCAUCGUCCUCCUCAUGUCCUACCACCAGAAAGUGGCACUCUUAUUCAAUACGUUGCAGAUAAUGCUGAUAUUAAUGUAAAUACGCUAGACGGCAAUAACACGCUCCACAUAAUGGGUAUUAUUCAAAUUGUUACUCCAAAACAUUCAGUUUUACUAGAAGAACCUAUGCCACGAAUAAAAGAAACUCUUUCAGCAAAUGAUUUCAAGGCAAAAGCUCAUGUGCCGAUACAGACUUAUACAAAUGACGGUGUAGUAGGCUACAGUAAAAUAAAUGUUAAAGAUUUUGUUUAUGGAACUGAAACAGUAUCGUUGCUCAAAAAAGUUGAUGUAGUAUGGUUUUAUGGAAAAUGGAAAAAUGAGUCUUUACCCGGUUGGAAUGGUUUUAUUGAACGUUUAACAAAUAAUCAUACGAAUUAUUCUAAAUCUCAAAUUUCAUUUUUACCAUUUAUUCACCAACCAGCCAGUAACUAUAAUACUAUCUAUACGACUUUACUUUGUGCAUUAGAGAAUGCAAAACGGUAUGGCCACACUGUAUGCAUCGUGACUUUCGACCAGCCCCUGUAUGCUAAAGCUCGAGAAAUUGUAUCAGCCGCACCUCAGGGCUCUGAAUUAUCAAAAAUCAUCAUCAGACUUGGAGGAUUUCAUUUACUGAUGUCUUUUAUGGGAGCAAUUGGUCAUAUUAUGCAAGGAAGCGGCAUGAAAGAAGUACUAGCAGAGAUCUAUGCGUCAAAAUCAUUAGAAAAAAUGCUGAAUGGUCAUGCUUACGCAAGAGCUGUUCGAGCUCAUACACUACUUCAGCUUACUUUGGCAAUUAUAAUAUUAAAAGAAGUUGAAAUGAAUGACAUAAUGGAUGCAGAUCUAAUCGUAAAUAUCGAGCAUAUAUUAGGUAAUACUCUUUCAUACAAUGAUAUUGAAAAUGACGAUGAAGUAUCUGGAGCUUUACUUGAUAAAUUUAAUCAAAAACUAAAAGAAUAUGAGGAACGAGGACCAACUGCAAAACUUUGGAUUCAAUAUUUUUGUAUGGUUUCCAUUGCUAAAGAAUUCCUAAGAGCUGAGCGUAUGGGGGAUUGGAAAGCUCAUUUAAACUGCGUCAAAGAAAUGCUUCCUUAUUUUCACGCGUCUGGACAUUUUCCUUAUGCUAAAUCUGCACACCUUUACUUGCAGGAUAUGGAACAAUUACAGAAUUUGAUUGAUCCUGAAGUUUACGAAAAGUUUUCAGGAGGAUUUUUUACAGUUAGACGUUCAGACAAAUUAAGUUGUGGAACUUCAACGGACAUGGUAAUCGAGCAGUCUAUGAUGAAAGCUAUGAAGACAGAUGGAGGUAUUGCUCGAGGGAGAAGUACAAAAGAGAGCGUCAUCAGUAAAUGGGUUUAUAGUAUGCAUGCUAUGAAUACAGUUUGUGACAAAUUAGAAGAUAUCGCUAAUGUUAGGAUGGAUACGACCGAGCAGCAUGUUGAUGCAAGUGAUUCACGAGUAAAAAAAGAUGCUAGAGACAUACGAAGACUUUUAGAGUGGUUCUCAACGCAUGAUCCUUUUCCAGAGGUUAACAAAAUUGUUUCUAUUGCGAGUGGUGUCGUUGGUGACGAUAAAAUUAAUUGUUAUAAAGCUCGUGAAGUUGGACUUGCUUCUAUGGCAAAAAUGACAGGACUGACAUUCAAUAAUAUUAAAUUAAAACACGCUGAUAAAGUUGUUCCUCUCUUAACUAUGACUAGUUCCAUAAAAGUUCAUGAAGAAAAAGUACCUAUUGACCCUGUAUUAUUGUUCCAACGCAUGAGUAUUACUGCAGCAUUUCAAGAUGAAAUUGAAAAAUAUUUUGAAUAUGAAUUAGCUCCCUACCCUUUAUCGUUAUUUGAUGACAUCGGGAUGCGUAAAACACAGAAAUCUACCAUUUACGAUUGUUUUGAAAAAGUAAAUAUUGAUAUUAACAACACUAAUGCGACAUACAUCAUUGACGGAGGAUACUUACUACACCGCGUUGUGUGGGAUAGCGAAGAAACAUUCAACGUUAUCUUAGAUAAAUACGUUCAAUAUGUACGUAGACAUUUUGGUUCCAGAGUUACUGUCGUAUUUGAUGGCUAUGAUGAUUGCACGAGAAAUAUCAAAGCUGCAGAACAACGUCGUCGAACUUUAGCAACAUCUUCAUCUUCUGAUAUUUUAUUUGAUGAACUUAUGACAGUCCCAACCAGUCAACAGAAAUUUCUUACAAAUACCCACAACAAGUCUCGGUUCAUUUCAAUGUUGAAAGAAAAGUUUACGGCUGAAAAUAUAUUGGUAAAACAAGCUAAUAAUGAUGCUGAUGUAUUGAUUAUUGAAACAGCAAUAGAGCAAUUCAAUUUGACAAAUACAACUAUUGUUGUUGGUGAAGAUGUUGACUUACUUGUAUUACUCACUGCUCGAACGCCAACUGAAAAAACUAUUUUUUUCUUAAAACCAGGAAAAGCUCAGCAUCAAUCAGAUAUAUAUUCAUCAAAAAGUUUAUUUACUUUAGUAAAGUGUAAAGAUCAUGUACUAUUUUUACACGCAAUAACUGGCUGUGAUACGACAUCUGCAUUUUACAGGAGGGGUAAAACAGCAGUUUUCAAAAUGUUUGAAAAACAAGAUUUAAUUCAAUGUGCUGAAGUUUUUAAAAAGAGUAAUUCAACUCAACAAGAAGUUAUUACCAACGGCAUCCGCUUUCUUCUUUCUAUGUACGGAGCUCCUAAAAAAACUACCUGUUUAGAUAAGCAUCGAUAUGCAUGUUUCGUUAAAAAUACUAAAAAUAAAAAACAAGUUCAAUUAGCUUGUCUUCCUCCAACCUCAGUUGCUGCUCACCAACAUCUUUUUCGAGUAUAUUACCAAGUUCAAGUGUGGCUUGGUUAUCAGCUAGACCCUACAGACUGGGGUUGGAAGUUGGUCAACAAUAUAUUAGAGCCAGUUCAAACUUUACUUCCACCUGCGCCGGAAAAACUGCUGAACACUAUUUUUGCAACGCAAAAGGGAUGCAGUGCUAAAUGUGGUUGCAAAAAAGUCGGACUGUCUUGUUCUUUGGCAUGCACAAAUUGUCAAGGCCGGUCGUGCUCUAAUAUUGAAUCACAAACAAUGGAGGAUUCGUUUGACUCCGACGAAGUAUCAUGCGAUACAUCGCUAUUGACGCAAUUUACUUGCAUCCAAAAUGAAGAUGAAGAAGAAGCAGGAGAAGAAGAACAAGAAGAAGAUCAAGAAGAAGAACAAGAAUUUGAAACUUACGAAUAAGACGAAUAAACUUCAACACUUUUUUUUCAUUUACAUCGCUUUUAUCUUUCCCAAUCUUUGAAAAUUUCCGUUAUUUUGCAAAAGUUUUACAUUAAACAGGAUCACAACUGACCCGAGGAGUAGCCCUACUGGGGAAACCACGUUAAAAAAAACGCGCUAAGUACACUACCUCAUAGGUGGCGUGGAAACGUGUGCAUAUUAUGAUAACAACUUUUAUAACUUUUUGAAUCGUUAUAUCUCAGAAACGGUGGCUCGUAAGAAAAAAAGUAUUGAUACAUUUUUUAUAGAUAAUUUUAUGAUCUACAAUUUUUGUCUGAGGUACUUUUAUGAUAAAACUUACCGUUUUGCUAAAAAUCGCGAAAAACUCAUUUUUUUGACCUUUGACCUUGAAUUAAAUUUUUUCCUUACAGGGGAAUGAUGGGGAACUUCUAGACAUUGUUUAUAAUUAUGUUUUGAACAACUUCACAGAAAUUCAGCUUGUUGGGACUUUAUGUAACUUCGAAUGUCUAAAUUGACCGGACUACUGUAAGGAUAUUGUCCAAAUGAUGAUAAAUGAAUAAAUAAAUAAAACAUAAGGACUAAUCCCUAAAAGCUGAUACCUUUUCGAAGACGUAUAUCAUUCAAACUGUAUUUACCCAGCAAACUAGACAAGUACGGUAUGAAAAUGUGAUGGAUCUAUGAUAGUAAAACAGAUCACUUCUUGUUUUAUCACCCAGAAUCGUUAAAGCAUUAACACACCCUCGAAUUUGGUUCGAACGGACAUAAAAGUGAUACAUCAGUUGUCCGCGACAAUAAAUUAUUCUUUCUUUCUUUCAAAAGAUUAAAACAUCUUUUUUAUGUUUUGGUUGAAAAGAUAUUUUAAAUAGUCCGAUGCGUAUCUUUAGUGACCACAACGCCUGUGAGAGCUAUAGCUCCCCUGAAAGUAUGAAAACUGAAGAGUAUCUGGUGCCAAAAAUGAGGCCUUUGUUACAAAAAAUAAUGAGUCAAACUGCACAGCUCGCUUUCCAUUCCAAAAUCAUACUUUGCAAUGACAACUUGAACUAAAAGAAAAUAUUAAAAUACAUAUAAAGAUUUCUUUUUUCUAGGAGCUUCACCCGAUAGAAUUUUAGAGGGUGGAAUUAAUGAAAUAAAAUGUCCAUUAUCAGCUUUCGGAAUAAAUGCUGUAGAUGCUGUAAAACAAGAAAAAUAAAUUUUGGAAUACCAACGGGACAGUAAACCGUCGAAACUCAAAUCUCAGGUCAAAAACCCUAUUUUAUUGGAAAAGAGUACCUAGAGGACAAAAUGCCUUGGGUAUGAGCUGCUUCAGUCAAAUAAUUUGAGCUCUUUGCAUUUUAUGGAUGUGAUAAUUGAAAUGAAUACUUUGAUUCUUGAUAGUUGACAAAGCUUUUCGAAAACUAGGAUUGACGUCGCAUUAUGCCCGUACGGAGAAAUACACUUGACUUUCGAUAAUUUUUACACUAACAUUGUUAAAAUGGCUGAGAAAAAUAGUGCCAAAUCUGAUACAGAAGAUGUAUGUAACCAAAACCCACCACUGCACGUUUACCGUGUUUGCAUCCGCACACGCCCUUUUGUAAAGAGCGUCCAGCAUUAUGGUUUGCCAGCCUAGAAACCCAGUUCGACAUUAACCAGAUGUAAUUGUGCGUUUAGACGCCACGCGCUCUUAAAGAGUGUUAAUCUUAAUUUGGAAAGGACGCCACCGUAGAUGAAUCGAAGAAAUUAGAAAACAUGAAAGCGGCUUAGGUAUAGACCAGAAAGAAAAAAGAUUACUAAACUAUUUUUAUUAAAAUAGUUCUAUAAAAAAUACGUUUUGUUUGUUUAUGGUUCAUAAACUGAUCUCGACCUAUACGACGUAUAGAGACAACAGUUUUGCAUGCGCAAACAUAAAUUUGUCCGCACGUUCGAGAAAUAUUUCAUGCUUAUACGCCUUUCACACACCGACGCGAGUUAUAUCACCGUAACAACCAGCAGGAACACCAGGAAUUGAUUUGAUGAUAAUGUCCGUCCUUCACUAGUACUUGAGGACUCAAAUACAGUGUGUUCUUUUUGUGACACCAGUUAUUCCAGCGAUAACGAUGGCUACUCCCGAAGUCCCGAAUUCGUUCGACGAUAGCCGAUCAAACCACUAAACAAAUAAGUACAUAGGGUAUUCAAACUUGAUGUAAUCCGAUUCAAAUUAAAGUUCAAUUACUUUCUAAUAAUAUAAAAAAAUAAUAUAAACUAUUGUUCCAUUUUCAUUUAUAUUAUAAUGGUCAUAAGUUGGAAUCAGGGAGACCUUUCUCUUCAUCAGGUUACUUGUGUAAUCAUUUACGCUCAAGACUGAGUGACCAAAGUUUAGAAACAUUAUUGUUUUGGCGAUCUCAUUCUCUUACUCAACCAAAGAUUAUCUAACGUAUUAUCUGACUUUCUGGUCAAGAGCAACAAAUAUUUUAAUUAUUUACUUUUGUUUUGAGCUUAAAUGUGGCCAUAGAUUCGAUUUAAAGCUUUUAGGUAGUUAGUAAGGUGAGGGGAGGCAGGCGACGGGGUAACUGCAUCCACUAAAAACAUAGAUGGCUCUGUUCCUUUUAUUACGAUUAAUUUUAUUUUUAGUGUCAUUUAGACCUGGAAACAGAGAUGACCUCGUGUUAGACAACAGCAAAUAUUUCAAAAUAUUUAAGGUUUCUGCAAACCAGUAAAGCGAGUACAUAGUUUAGAUGUGUUAUUUAAACUUGUCUGAAUAUUAGUUAUAUGCAAAAAUAAAGAAUUUUUAAGUAAAACGAAAAUAAUAACCUCAAAAUUGUCGAGUAGGUCAAGUUCGCCACAAUGAAUAGACGUAUGGUGCGCUUGUCCCGAAAACAAAAUUGGGUGUUAGUUAAUUCGUCGCAUUUUUUGUUUUAGUUACUUCAUAUUUUCAAAAGAGAAACUCAAAUACCUUGAUCUAGAGAAACUUUACGUGAGGCGGUUGAAGCUGUUCGAUCAAGCACAUUAUCUGGUUAUAAUGCAGCUAAAAUGCAUAUAGAAUACCCCGUAAAACAAUUAUGGAUCAUGUCACAGGUCGAAGCGAUCAAAAAUCUUCUACACAACGUAGACCAACCACGUUGUCAACUGAUAUUGAACAAAAGUUAACUAAAACUGUUAAUUCCUAUAUUUUUGUGCCUUUAUUUAGUUUUUAACAAAUAAAAUGGAUUUCGUAUUAGGGCUACCAUAUUUUUUAUUCCAACAUAUCCGCACACGAAACUCAAAAUUAGAUUUGACAUCCAUAGAUUAUUUUAAUAUUGAAAGAUUAAAAAUUCUCCAAUAGCAAUGCGGGUACAACUUAUUUUUCAUGUUAAUUUUUCGAGUUAAUAAAUCCAAAGGUAGGUUAUUGAAUAACAAAUAUGUAUUUCUGUUCUUGUACGAGGGGCGGCUGAAAAGUUUUGAGCCUAAGUACCUUUAAGUAUUACUUAUGACUCGCGCAACACACUGCUAAGUGCGAAUAGCUUAGGGAGUAUUUAAGUCAAGUUUCAUGUCAUUAGCAUCAUUACGUUUUUAGUAAUUGAACUGUAAACGUCACCAUGUCCGAAUCAUCUGCACUCUGUACGAAAUUGCAGUAUAAAGAUGUCAUAAAAUUUCUUACAAUGAAGAACAAAACGCCGACUGAAAAUUUGAAGAGAUGUUAGGCAGUUUAUGGGGAGUCCGGACCUACGUUUGCGACCGUAAAACGUUGGAGGCGAUUGUUCAAACAAGGCAAGGAGUCGCUGGAUGAUGUUCCCAGGUCGCUACGCCCAAACACCGUUGGUACCGUAAAAAACGUUGAAAAAGUUAAAAAACUUGUUCUUGAAGAUCGGUGAAUUACGUUGUGGCAAAUAGCUGAAGCCAUGGGCACCAGUAAGAUCCUGUUUUUGCAAGACAACACGCCCGUCCACACUGCGCGAGUAGCAAGGCCCUCGCUGAGACCGAAUUCGAAGAAAUCAACCACCCACCCUAUAAUCCAGACGUGACUCCUAGCGAUUAUUUCCUCUUUUCGAAUUUGAAGAAAGACCUCCGGGGACGGAGAUUUUCCAUUGAUAAUAAAAAGAAGGCCUUAAACAAACAUGUCCAAGAGAAAAACGGCGAAUAUUUUUUUACCGGGAUAAAAGCCCUUUAUAAUAAAUGUAACAAAUGUAUUGAAAUAGAGGGAGAUUGAAAAUAUAUAUUUUUUAUACAUUUCAACAGUAUUUUUCAUACCUUAGACUCAAAAACUUUUCAGCCGCCCAUCUUAAUAUAAAUAAUAAUCAUAACAUUUUAGCUUGCAA